ACGCGUCGUCGUCAGUGGCGUCGUCGUCGUGUCCUGUGUCGUCAAGUUGUGUGUUCUUGUGCUUGUGGAUUGUUUGUGCUCUAUUAUCGCCACGGAUUGUUACAACCGUGGUGUUACGCGUCACCUUUCACGCAACAGCUUCGCUCAGUAUAUGAGAAGCUCUUUUCUAUCAGCUGCGCUGUCGUAACAUUGACAAGGUCGUGUAAUGGCAGUCCUACAGAAUGUUGCGGAGGUGCACCAAGUGCUUCAAGGAAGGCUGUCUCAGACAGAGAGACUCAUCAAAGACAUCUUGAACUGCAGGAAAAGCGUGAAGGAGAACUCGGCAGUGGUGAAAGAACAAAUUCAUUCGGCGUUUAGUGAUGCGGUGUGCAGUUUAGAGCAAAGGAAACUCCAGCUGUCGAGGCAGGUGGAUGUACUUGUAUCCCAUCAAGAAAACAGGCUUCAUGUGGACCUUGCCAAGCUAUACCAGUGUCAGGGACAGCUAAGGUCUUUGAUGAAGUUGCUUGAAGACAGACAGUUGCGCUUUGAUCUGGACAUCUACAGGAUUCCGGAAAUACCUAGCGUGGGCACCAAAGUGCACGAAUUGAAGUUCAACUGCAUAGAAGACCAGCUUUUGAGGUACGGCACGAACGCACUGGGACAUAUCGAAGUGAACGGACGGCUCCCUAGCUUAGACUUGGAAGAGGAAGACUAUGGGGAUCUUAGUCAUCAUAUUCUGCACAAGGACCUCAGUGCGGAGGACAUACAGAAGUCAAGCAUGUGCGACCCAUGGCUGCUGUAUCACACAAGUGACUACACUUCCGAUGAGGGGUUUGAGGUAGUUGGCGCAUGCCUACCAAAGUCUCUGUCUGCAACGUCAAGCUCAAUAGAAGCUGUUUCAAUGGAUGAAGAUGAUGGAUCGGAGAAGCAUGCAAAGUCGCUCGUAAAGCCCUACGAUUCACCAAGUGAAGGAGUUAGUAAGGACCUACCAAUGACAUCACCACAUUUCAACGAAGACACGUCGUUCUGGCUUCUUCACAGCAGCACAAAUUGUCCCGCAGCUCCCUCGGGGCCGCGGGUGAAUCGCAUAUCUAAGGAGGACUCACUGUGUGACAAGGAUAGCUCGUUAUAUCUGCUACAUAGUAGUCUGAGAGACUUGUCCCUGAAAGAAUCGGAUAGUUGUAUUAGUAUUGUGUCUGACAGCACCAACUCAGAUGAACUGAGCUGGUUACUUGCAUCAAAAUCGGGUAGCCUCUAUGCUAGCUCAGGAUGUUCGACGGUGUGCAGCGAGACCGCAAACCAGGACAUCACGGGAGCAGACGCUUCUCAGGACGAUCGGAAGUGGCUACUUGCUACACGGAGUAGUCGCACCGGCACGGAUUAUUACAGUAUGAAAGUGAGAGAAAUGUUUAGUGCAUACUUUGACCACGCUGACUACACCAGUUGGAUUAUGAAUGGUAAACGUACGGCAUGAUUGCGUGUCAAUAAAAUUGUCUGCCUACAUUUUAAGGGGGAUGGGGCUUAGAGCUGGGAGUAUUUGGAUAUGUGCUUUUAAAAGGAAUGAGGUACAGAACAGGAACGGGUGUGCUGUACAUCUCAGGUAUAUCGGCAUUUGCUUCAAACUAUUUGUACACAAAUAAAGGUCAAAAACCAAC